AUGUUUGAAUUUCAACAGGUGCCAUUACCAGAACAAUCACACAAUGCAGCCACAUCAGUGCCGGAGUGGGCCAGAGCACCACUGGAAGAUUUACAUGGGAGGCGUCAUGAUUAUGUCAGGAUAUCACUCACAGAGCGCUGUAACCUGAGAUGUCAAUACUGCAUGCCGGCCGAAGGCGCGCCACUCUCAGCGCGCGAGAAGUUGCUCACACGCGAUGAGCUGACGCGGACAGUCCGUGUUUUAGCCGCGAUGGGUGUCCGAAAGUUGCGACUAACGGGUGGUGAACCUACGCUGCGGGCAGAUCUACAUCUUAUCAUAGAGGAACUCAACAACAUCGAAGGCAUCACAAGCGUGUCAAUGACGACCAACGGCCUGGUGUUAACCCGUCGUCUGCCCACCUACGCUCGGGCGGGGCUCGCAGCACUAAAUAUAUCUUUAGACUCGCUACAGAGUGAGCGAUAUGAGAAAAUGUCAAGAAGACCGGGCUUGAAGAAAGUACUGGCUGGUAUAGACUUGGCCUUGCAGUUGGGAUUUCCUGUGAAAAUUAACGUGGUGCUUAUGAAAGGAUUCAAUGAUGAUGAAAUUAUGGAUUUUGUGGAAUACACAAAAGAUCGCCCAGUUGAUGUUAGGUUCAUAGAAUUCAUGCCAUUCUCUGGCAAUAGUUGGGACGAUUCGAAAUUAGUACCGUAUCGGAUAGCAUUAAGGACUAUUGUGGAAAGACAUCCACAGCUGCAGGGGUGCACGCCGCGACCUAACGACACUGCAAGGGUAUGGCAGGUGCCCGGGUAUGCCGGUCGCGUGGGCUUCAUUUCCUCUAUGACGCAGCAUUUCUGUUCAACUUGCAACAGGCUGAGGAUCACCGCUGAUGGAAAUCUCAAGGUAUGCCUGUUCGGCAACGCGGAGGUGUCUCUCCGCGACGCGAUUCGCAGCGGCGCUGACGACGAACAACUAUCCACGCUUAUACGUGUCGCCCUGAAGAAUAAGAAACCACAACACGCUGGCAUGCAGAAUCUGGCGCAAAUGGAAAACCGGCCCAUGGUUCUGAUCGGGGGGUAAUUCCUUCACCUUCACAGCUAAGCGGCCGACGGAGCCUACGGAGUCCA